CGUGGAGCAGGAGACAAAGUUGGAACAGAGUGAUGGGCCUGUCAAUGGCCUGCGCGUGCUCCCACUGCACUGACGUGCGGCCUUUCUGCAUACUCAUACUGCCUCCCACUCCCGCGUCCUCAGCUCUUUCGUACAAUGCCCCCUCCUGAAACCGAGCAUAUCCUUCUCGCGCCUCUUCGAGGUGGACAUCCUCAUGCUAAUGCCGCCGGACCUCACAAGGAUUGCGCGCGUCUGCAAUGUGCAUACUGCUCGAAACGGCAGACGGACGGUGUGAUGAUGAGAAGAUGUGCUGCAUGCAAAUCAGACCAGUACUGUGACAAGCAGUGCCAAAAAGCCGCCUGGCCGGUCCACAAAGAUAUAUGCAAAAUGUAUCAAGACUUCGGUGUUUCGCCCGAGACGCUCUCAAAAAAGGACAAGGAAGUUCUGGUGGCUCUUCGUGUGUUCCACCGCAAACACCUCCCCAUUUUUGCACAAGCGGCCGGAAACUGCAUUCGCCCUUACUACUAUACGCCCCUGUGUGCGGAUCCUCAUGCCGCCUCGAAGGAACGCGAGGACGUCCUUGUCAUCACCCUGAGGCCUCGACCCGACGCCCAGCACGGUGCACGGGCAGAGCCACGCUUCUAUGUCACAGAUGCGGAGCUCCAGACGGUGUCCUUUUUCCCCCAAGGCAUGCGCGAUGGGAUGCGCUUGAGACUUCACACCUUGCAGCAGGAGCAGUCGAGGGUUCAGGGUCCGAGUAUCUGCAUGUUUGUCGUCUUCGCUCUGGCCGACACGCCGCAUGCCCAACUCGCAAUACUCGUGUUCCCGCUCAACGAAGAGUUUUUGGAUAAAUCGAACCUCAUCCCGUGGAAAGAGUAUCUCUUCUUCAUGGUGAACGAGGGGAUUCUGCACUCGAAGGUAGGAGAAGACAAUCUGGUGCCUUCAUUUUGCUGCAUACUGACUUCUCCUUGCAUGUAUUUCAUGAACCUGCCUUUCUCUCGUUCGAUCACUCCGUGUUCUCUAAACCACAGUGAGCUGCAUUCGUCGCUGUUACCGACGACCUCUUCUUCCAAUCCCAUCGCCGCUGCCUCGAGGGAAGGCAUUGAAGACGUGCUCAUCGUCGACUAGCAGGCGGGCUGGUGCAGGCUACAAGCGGCUGGAGAUGUGAGUCUACGUCACGGGCACAAGGCCCGAGGGGGAUAUGUCACAGUUUCCACUGGAUUGGCCCUUGGGUAAAGAAGAUGGGGUUCAGGCCGAGGAGCAUGAAGAUACUACACGGACCACAGCAUGAUCGGCCACUGUACUGGAUUUUCUAUGUUAUGUGCUUUCUCUUUGCUAUUCUUUCAUACUUCGCUGGAUGCAAGUGGUUGUACGAGCUCAAAGAGUUACCAACGGCCCCUCGGUGGCAACGAACAAUUUAACUACGGCUCUUCAAGCGACUCUCGACAUGACAUCGAGCAUAGGCAACCCUUCUGAAAAAGAAGAAAAGCAGGUCCUAGUAGGAAUCGAACCUACGUUACCGGAACUCACCAAGUUCACUUUAUAUCAGAAUCCGAUGUGAUGACCGCUACACUAUAGGAC